AUGACCUCCACACUGAAGUACGUCCUCCUGGGUAUUGCCAUUUUACUGCCUUGUAAUCUGGCCUUCCCGAUCCUUAGAAUCUCAGCGCAUCGCGAUGAGGACACGAACGAAAUGACGGCAGAACAGAAAUACAAACAGGCCUGUCUUUCUCCUCUCUCAAUCGUACAGAUCUACCUUGACCACUACUACCCAGAUGAUAAGAAACUCCACCAUAGCAUAAAGGAACGACUUGAAAUGAUGCAGAAAUUCUUCCAUUUGCAUGUAACAGGAACCAUGGAUGACGAAACUAAAAGAGUCAUGAAGCAGCCCAGGUGUGGAGUACCUGAUGUCUCGGAAUAUAAAACAAUGGAUGGAAACCCAAAAUGGGAUAAGAACAUUAUUACUUACAGAAUAAAUAACUACACUCCCGAUCUACCUCCAGCCACAAUAGAACAAACAAUAAAGAGGGCUUUUCAAUUGUGGGCCGAUGUUACCCCACUGACAUUCAUAAAAGCAGAAAAAGAGCCUGCUGAUAUUGAAAUAUGGUUUGCACGCCGUGCUCACGGUGAUUUCAAUCCUUUUGAUGGGCCAGGUGGAACCCUAGCUCAUGCUUUUGGCCCAGUCAAAGGAUCAGACAUCGGAGGAGAUGCUCACUUUGAUGAGGAUGAAAAAUGGUCCGAAUACAACACAGACGUGAACCUGUUCCUGGUUGCUGCACAUGAAUUUGGACAUUCUUUGGGGAUGGAUCAUUCGAGUGAAGUUGGUGCCUUGAUGUAUCCUACUUAUGAUUAUAGGAACCCAGACAAUUACACGCUUCCAGACGAUGAUAAGAAAGGAAUUCAGAGUCUUUAUGGAGGAAAAGACGACGGACACAAAAACAAUGAGUACGAUUAUGAUGACCAGGCUGAUUACUACUGCUGA